GAAGGUGCAGAGGGUGUCUGCCAGCUCGCAGCAGUCAACACACAACUCUUUGUUGAUAGUCCCACUGGAGGCAAGCAUGUCUGGAUUGAUGCUCUGUGCUCCUACUUAAAGCUGAUGACAGCCUUAAGACCUUUCUGGUGGAAUACCUCUUUUGCUUCCUACGUCCAUGUUGGAAUGGCCUAGGCCAGUCUGUUGCUGUACGGUUCCUGCUACAGGUGCUCUGCAGCAAUGGGUCAGGAUUUUGCCACCAGUGCUGCUGGACCAUCCAGAUGGCUGUAAACCUGCAGAGGAGAUAUAGAACAUUGUCUCUCAAACUGGAUUAAAAAAACCCUGUUGACAUUUUUAUUUAUACUUUUUUAUUUUUGUAUUUGACUUAAAGUGCCAUGAAAAAAUUUGCAUAUUGCAAGGUGGUCCUUGCCACCUCUUUGGUUUGGGUCCUUCUGGAUAUGUUUCUAUUGCUGUACUUCAGUGAAUGCAAUAAAUGUGAUGAGAAAAAGGAACGAGGCCUGCCAGCUGGAGAUGUUCCAGAACCCAUGCAAAAACCUCAUGAAGGACCUGGAGAGAUGGGGAAGCCUGUGGUCAUUCCAAAAGAGGAGCAAGAGAAAAUGAAAGAAAUGUUUAAAAUAAAUCAAUUUAAUUUAAUGGCAAGUGAAAUGAUUGCACUCAACAGAUCUUUACCUGAUGUCAGGUUAGAAGGGUGUAAGACGAAGGUGUACGCAGACAACCUUCCCACGACGAGCGUGGUGAUCGUGUUCCACAACGAGGCGUGGAGCACGCUGCUGCGCACGGUGCACAGCGUCAUCAACCGCUCCCCGCGGCACAUGCUCGAGGAGAUCGUGCUCGUCGACGACGCCAGCGAGAGAGACUUCUUGAAAAGACCACUGGAGAGUUAUGUGAAAAAAUUAAAAGUACCUGUUCAUGUGAUUCGAAUGGAACAGCGUUCUGGAUUGAUCAGAGCAAGAUUAAAGGGGGCUGCUGCUUCUAAAGGCCAGGUCAUCACCUUCCUAGAUGCUCAUUGUGAAUGUACAGUAGGCUGGCUUGAACCUCUGCUGGCAAGGAUCAAAGCUGACAGGAGGACAGUAGUGUGUCCCAUCAUUGAUGUAAUCAGUGAUGACACCUUCGAAUAUAUGGCAGGUUCUGACAUGACCUACGGUGGAUUCAACUGGAAGCUGAAUUUUCGUUGGUACCCUGUUCCUCAGAGAGAGAUGGACCGACGGAAAGGAGACCGAACCCUCCCCGUUAGGACACCUACAAUGGCAGGAGGCCUUUUUUCAAUAGACAGAGAUUACUUUCAGGAAAUUGGAACAUAUGAUGCUGGAAUGGAUAUUUGGGGUGGAGAAAACUUAGAAAUUUCCUUCAGGAUCUGGCAGUGUGGUGGCACUUUGGAAAUUGUAACUUGUUCACAUGUUGGGCAUGUGUUCAGGAAAGCAACACCAUACACUUUCCCAGGAGGUACAGGGCAGAUAAUCAACAAAAAUAACAGGCGGCUUGCAGAAGUCUGGAUGGAUGAAUUCAAAAACUUUUUCUACAUUAUUUCCCCAGGAGUUACUAAAGUUGAUUAUGGGGACAUAUCGUCACGACUUGGGCUAAGGCGCAAGCUCCAGUGCAAGCCUUUCUCCUGGUACCUGGAGAAUGUUUAUCCUGAUUCCCAAAUCCCACGCCAUUACUUUUCUCUGGGAGAGAUAAGAAAUGUGGAGACAAAUCAAUGUCUGGAUAACAUGGCAAGAAAAGAAAAUGAGAAAGUUGGAAUCUUUAACUGCCAUGGAAUGGGUGGCAAUCAGGUUUUCUCAUAUACUGCCAACAAAGAAAUUCGAACAGAUGAUUUGUGUUUAGAUGUAUCCAAACUUAACGGCCCAGUCACGAUGCUCAAGUGCCACCAUCUAAAAGGAAACCAGCUUUGGGAAUAUGAUCCAGUGAAACUAACCCUGUUGCAUGUGAACAGUAACCAGUGCCUGGACAAAGCCACGGAAGAGGACAGCCAGGUACCCAGCAUCAGAGACUGCACGGGCAGCCGCUCGCAGCAGUGGCUGCUCCGCAACGUCACCCUUCCAGAAAUAUUCUGAGAGGUUCUCGAGAAGAGCAAGGAUUGACUGGGCUACCUCGGCUGAUUCUUUGGCUACGCUGUCAAGUAGCAACAGGAGAAACUUCUGCUCGGCAGAAUCCACAGCUCCUCAGCUGUUAGAACUCCUGCAGCUUCUCAGUAUCUGUGAACCAGCCUUCCUGUAUAAGGAUGUGAAACUACCACACAUAGCAGUGAAACUGUGCCCACUGAUGUUUACAAGAUCGAAAGAGUUUCUUCCAGCAAAUAAUUUAGAGAACAUUUGGACAGUGGAAACAUAAUCAAUGAAAUAGUCUCUCUGAAGAGCUGCAUAUCGUUUUAGUUUGCUUGCACAUCAGUAACCUCUGCUGAAAGUGCUGUUGUAAUGAAGAAAGUUUCAAGAAUUCUUUUUUUCCUGGUUAGCAGUGGUAACCAGACUACUAAGUAUAGAUCCACAAAUAAAUGAGAGAGCUGCAAACCAGAUUCAGUAUCAUGACAUAAGAAUUCUGUGGUUUAAAAGCAAAAAGUAAACAGGGUUUAAUGAAGCUAAAUCAGAACUAUGAAAAGUACAAUUUGUUAUAGUGAAGUAUCAAAUUUAUAUGUAGAUUUUAUACCUCAGUGGGGGAAAAUAACCAAGUCAAAAGGCAAUUGUUUCUCUUUUUCAAUUGUGUGAUAGUCCAUAAAUACUUUUUUUUGUCCUGGUGAGUCUAAAAUUAUUUUGGGCGCAAACAAAAUGAGCAUAAGAAUAAAUUGAGCUCUUGAAUGUCAGAUCCACUUUCCUUUUAAUUUUAAUUUCUUGGCUGUUGGAAUUGUAUCUUUUUAUUACUGUCUGAAAACUGGAGGUUAACAUGCUGUCUAACUCUUUUUUUUUUUCCAGACCUGCCAUUUCAAUUUAUACUUGGGUCAGUCAGCUUAUGGACUUUCAUGGCCAAACAAAAGAUUUAAGUACACUUUGAGAUUAAGUUAACUUCAGUAUGCUUUAGCGCCCAAGACUUCUACUACUGUACUACAGUUUUGUUUUCAUAGCAAUAAAUCUUUUGUUCCUCGUUUGAUUUCAGUCAUCAGAAAGCCAGAAGAAAAGACACAUGAUUUGGGUAGAAGAUUGGCAAAACUGAAGGUUUUCUGGAAUCCUUUUUCACUUCAUAUUCAGAUGUGCUUCAUUGUCAAGUGCAUAUUUAGAUUAGACUCUGAAUUGUAAUGUUGAUCUGCUGCUUUUUUCUAAUAAAACCUAAAGAAAAAUA